GUGUUCAGCAAUUUGCAUAAAUAAUUAAAACUCAGUGACGUUGCGAUGUUUCUGAGUUCAUAAGGUGCGGACUCCCAAGAGCCAAGAAUCAGAUUUCUGUCGAUCACCAGUUGCACCGUUCGCUUGGGAUCCCGCACUGUCACUCGCCAUGGCUGAAUGGAUUCGGGGACUGACCGUACUGGUGUUAUUUCUUCGCACCACAAGCGCGGAGGUGAUAGUUACCCAGUUCCCGUCUAUCUCAGCAUCCCCGGGGCACACCGUCAGAAUCAUCUGCACCCUGUCAGAAGGCACUUUAUCCUAUCCGAGCUGGUACUGGCAGAAACACGACAACACUCCAGUCUUGGUGUGGUAUGGCAGCACCAGAGCUUCCGGAAUACCUGAUCGAUUUACCGGUACCAGUGACUCGUCGAGUAACCAAAUGCAUUUAACCAUCACCAACCUUCAAUCAACGGACGCCGCUGAUUAUCACUGCUUUAUGUGGACCGGUAGUCGAUAUAUCUUCGGGACGGGAACCAAACUGAAUCUGGGCACUCCGCGAUCCCCAGCGGUGUCCGUCCUCCCACCUUCGGAGGCCGAAAUCUUGGGAAGGAGCAGCGCCACCCUGGUGUGUUUGGUGAGCGGGUUUAAUCCGGGCGUUGUGGACAUUGAGUGGAAGGUGGACGGCAGGGCGAGAAGUGACGGCGUUGAGACCAGCCGGAUCCAGCAGGAGAAGGACAACACGUUCAGUGCGAGCAGUUACCUGACUCUGCCAGUCACAGUCUGGAAAUCACACGAGCUUUACUCCUGUGUGGUUAAACACGAGGCUCGGACAGGCCCGCUGCAGACAAACAUCGCGCGAUCCAGCUGCAUGUAAUCCAAGCAGUUUGUGUAUUCUGUUUUGCUUCCUUAGAAAUGUGUAUCAUCGUACUUAGACAAUUACACAAAGUUUUGUCUAAUACAGUUUCAAUUAAAACAGUUGUACGAUUCUCACAGUGGAUUCAUUCAGAAGUUAAAACCAUCAAUGUAUCUUUGUCGCAACGUAAUAAAACUUCUAUUAU